CAUCUAAUCAUUAUUCUAGCGUUGAGUAAAGCCCUCUCAAUGCCCGCCCCUGAUAAAUCCUUGAAAACCACUGAGGAAGUGGCUCUUCAGAUCCUCUUGCUUUGUCAGUUUGGGGUUGGGACUGUGGCCAAUAUUUUUCUGUUUAUCCAUAAUUUCUCUCCAAUCUUAACUGGUUCUCAACAGAGGGCCACACAUAUGAUUUUAACAAACAUAGCUGUGGCCAAUGCUUUGAUUCUCUUCAUCACUGUCUUUCCAAACAACAUGAUGACUUUUGCUCAAAGAAGUCCUCUAACUGACCUCAAAUGUAAAUUUGAAUUCUUCACUCGCCUGGUAGCAAGAAGCACCAACUUGUGUUCCACCUGUGUCCUGAGUAUCCAACAGUUUCUCACUCUUGCUCCUAUUCAUAGAGGUAAAGUUUUGCUUAGAGCAAAUGUCCCAAAUUUUGCUACUUACUCUUGUUGCAGUUGUUGGUUCUUCAGUGUUUUAAAUAAUAUCUACAUUCCAGUUAUAGUCACUGGUCCUCAGAUAACAGACAAUAACACUGAUUCAAAAAGAAAGUUGUUCUGUUCCACUUCUGGAUUCACUGUAGGCAUUGUCUUCUUGAGGUUUAUCCAUGAUGCCACAUUCAUUAGCAUCAUGGUCUGGACCAGUGUCUCCAUGGUGCUUCUCCUCCAUAGACAUCGCCAGCGAAUGCAGCACAUCCUCACUCCCAAUCAGGACACCAGAGGUCAAGCUGAGACAAGAGCAACCCAUACUAUCCUGAUGUUGGUGGUCACAUUUGUUAGCUGUUAUCUUCUACAUUUUAUUUGUAUCAUCUUUCAAAACUUUUUUAUAGAUUCACGUCUCUUUGUGAGGCAUGUCAGUGAAGCUUUGAUCUUAAGCUUCCCCACAAUUUCUCCCUUAUUGUUGAUCGUCAGAGAUCCUAAGGAUCCUUGUUCUGUGCGAUUCAGCUGUUGA